CCCACAGCCCCCCCAGGGGACGCCGCCGCCACCCCGAUGCCCACCAAGGAGGAAGCCCGCCCGCAGCCCGAGGGGGCCAGCUGCGACGCGGCCCCCGGCCCCUCCGCCCCCGACGUGACCGAGCACGGCCCCCCCGCCAAGGGCUGCCGCCCCCCACCGCCGCCCCCUCCGCCGGCCCCCCCGGCCCUGCCCGCCGACCCCCUGGACACCCGCAUCGUCAUGGGCGAGGAGACGAGCUGCCCCCCCAAAACCCCCCCCGAGCCCCCCUCCGGCCGCCCCCCCGCCGGCCUGGACCCCGAGCUCUUCUUCACGGCCCCCUCCACCCCCGUGCGGACGGGGGGGGCUCGCCCCAAGGCCGAGGAGGACGGGGGGGACGCGGAGGAGAGCGAGGGGCUGGGCUCGCCCCCCACCUCCCCGUCCGGCUCCUACAUGACGGCCGAGGGGGGCAGCUGGGGGUCCUCGGGGACCGCCAGCACCUCCCCGUCCUGCUCCCCGAACCUCCUGGCCGAGGCCCCCGACGGCGAGGCCGGGCCGGCGGCCUUCACGCACCGCUCCCCGUCCUCCUCCUCCUCCGAGGAUGAGGCCUCGGCCGGGCAGGAGGAAGAAGAGGACGAAGAGGACGAAGGCAGCGGGCAGGCGAUGGCGGAGGAAGGCUCGGAGGUGGCCCCCGGCGGCCUCAUCCCCGCGGCGCUGCUGCCCUUCCGCGGCAGCCUCCUCUUCGAGGCCGAGGCCGUGGAGAUCACGCUGGUGCCGGCCGAGGCGGCGGCCGAGCCCCUCUCCGGGGAGGAAGAGGAGGAUGAAGAGGAAGACGAGGAGGAAGAGGAAGACGCCAGCACCUCGGCCUCCUUCCUGCGCUCGCUCUCCGAGACCUCCAUCAACGAGGGGGUGGACGAGUCCUUUGCCUUCCGCGAUGACACCUCGGCCUCCUCCGACUCGGCCUCCUACGACGGCGAGGAGGACGAGCGGCUCUACGGCACCGAGCGCCACGCGCUGGGGGGGACGGCCACCGCCACCCCCGGUGACACCGAGCCCUCCUCCGAGGCCUCCGGGGACAUCGAGCUCCACCUGCGUGGCGGCGGCACCGCGCGGCCCGACGGGACGGGCAGCGGCAGCCUCACCCCCGGCGGGGAUGAGAGGGCAUCGCCAGGGGAGUCCCCGCGGCACGAGGCAGCCCCCAGCCCCCCCGGCUUGGAGGCACCCCCCGACACCGAGGAGGACCCCGACAACGGGGGCAUGGAGCUGGGGAUGCCGGGCGUGGAGCAGGAUGGUGCCCACCCGGUUGUGGAAGAGGAGGAUGAGGAAGAGGAGGAGGAAGAGGAGGUGGUGGCCUCUGAGGUGGCCUCCGUUGAGGCUCCUGCCACGGAAGUCAAUGUGGAGCCGAUGGGCGAGGCCUUCAGCUCCUCCUCAUCUUCCUCCUCGUCCUCCGAGGACUCGUCGCCGGAGCUGCUGGACACCUCGCGCUCCCGCACCGACUCCAGCUUCUUCACCGCCCCCGAGGACAGCGCGGGGGAAGCGGCCGCCCCCGGCCUCCCUUCCCCGGCCCCGCGGCCCUGCAUGGCCCUCAGCCUGCUGCCCCCGGCCUCCGCCCCCCCGCCGCUGCGCUUCACCGCCUCGGAGCGGGAGGUGUACGUGGGGACCCCCCCGGCCCCCCUCGAACUGCUCCCACCACCACCACUCGGUGCCUUGCCGGAGAGCGCGGAGGACCGCCGGCACGUGGCCACCAUGCUGCAGGGCGCCUUCGGGGACCUGCCGGCACCGCAGCGAGCGGGGGGCCCCGGACAAACCCCCCCCGAUGCUGCCACGGAGCCUCCGCGGCCUCCCCAGGCUGAGGUUGAAGCCGCCGUGGCCACACCUGAACCCAAAGAGCCCCAGGAGCUGGGCGACGCGGGGAGCCCCCCGCGCACCCCUCCGGCCUGCCCCGCGCAGGACGAGGAGCCUCCGGCAUCCCCCGGUGAAGAACCCGAUGCCAAAGUCCCGGCGGAGGGCGAGCACCCCCCAGCACCCCCUGAGCAGCAGCAGGAGGAGGAGGAGGUGACGGCAGGAUCCGGCCCCACGCCCAGCCCCGAGGAGGGCGGUGAAGGCGGGGAGGCUGCCCCCAGCCCCACCAAGGCCGUUUUGGUGCCCUCAGACCCCCCAGCAGAGCCCAGCUCCCCCGAGGACCGCGCACCCCAAGAGGUCCUGGCGGUGCCGGCCGAGGUUUCGGUGCCGGCCGCCUGCCCGCCGCUCUCCAAACUCAUCCAAGUGCCUCCUCUCUCCUCCUCGCCGCCGCGCUCGGAGGACACCUCAGGGCUCGCCGAGCGGCCGGAGGAGCGUCCGUCUGUCCCGCCGGCCUCCAGGAAGCGGCUGGAGGCGCCGGAGCCGUCCCCGCAGAAGGAGAAGGCGCGGGGCAGGAAGGCCCCGGGCAGCACCAAGGGUGCCCGGGGGCCGGAGGCAGCGGAGGGGGGGCCCCGGCGGGCACCCCGGGGCUCGGUGCAGUCCGAAUCGAGCUCCUCCAGCGAGGCCGAGCUGCCCUACCGCUGCCCCGGCGCUGCCGAGCACCUGCCCGCCAUCGCCCUGCUCGAGGACAAGGCUGCGCCGCGGCGGGGAGAGGCCAACCAUAAAG